UUUAUUUUUAUAAUUCGAUAUCUUUGUCGUCGUUGUCACAAAAAUAUGUCAAACGUAUAGAUAUGUGCGCCAGGCUUGCUUUGUAAAAAAUAUUUAAAUUCGAGUCAAUUUUUAAUAUCAAAUUGCCUUUUGUAAUGUAAACAGCAAAAGAAAACCAAUCGCACUCCACACUCCGUUUUUUUGUAUAUAUUUGCAUUUAUUUUUUUGUUUUGCUUUUUUCCAUUCCAACAACACAUUCCCAAAACAUUCCUUUUGGAGGAGAGAUAAGAAUAAAAAAGAAAUUAAAAAAUGCCAAUUUCAUUGUGGGAUUGGUUCCCGCGAUUCAAUCGACGUGGUUAUCAGCCUUUAGGACAAAAUACCCAAUCCAGUCUCGGUGCAAGACACUUUCAAUGUUUCCUUGUAUUUUGUGGCUUAUCUGUAGCUUAUGCAUUGCGCGUCAAUUUGUCUGUUGCAAUUGUCGCAAUGACCGAUCGGAACUCAACCAAUCCCGAAUUCACAGAUUUUUACGAUUGGGAUGCCAAAACAAAGUCUCUUCUUCUUAGUAGCUUCUUUUGGGGCUAUGUAGUGACUCAGAUUCCGGGCGGGUUCUUAGCUCACAAAUAUGGCGCUAAAUUCACUCUUUUCACAGGCAUAGCAGUUUGUUCUGUCCUUGCUUUGUUGACUCCUCUAGCUGCCGAGAUUGGUAGUUGGCGACUUGUGUUCGCUUUGAGAGUUAUUCAGGGUCUAUGUCAGGGAGUUGUAUUCCCCUCUACGCACACAUUCCUAUCCAAAUGGGCUCCGGCGGAAGAACGCGGACGCCUAGUUACUUAUUGCUACUCUGGGACACAGUUCGGAACAGUUGUCAUGCUAGCUUCUAGUGGUUUCAUUGCGUCGUCUUUUCUCGGAUGGCCAAGUAUCUUCUAUGUUUCUGGCUUUGCGGGAAUUCUAUGGGCAUUUGUUUGGGUGACAUUUGCUGCAAGUUCACCAUCCGACCAUAGAACAAUAUCAGAAGAAGAGAAAAGAUACAUUGAAUCAGGAAUGAACCAACCAAGGGACAAUCGGAGGACGACGGUUCUCCCAACACCAUGGUGUAAGAUAGCAACUUCACUGCCAUUCAUCUCGUUGCUAAUUGUCCAUUGUGGCCAAAAUUGGGGUUUCUGGACACUAUUGACAGAAAUUCCAAAUUAUAUGAAAAAUGUCCUUCAAAAGGAUAUCAAGAGCAAUGCAAUGCUCUCGGCGUUGCCAUAUUUGGCAAUGUGCUUGCUAAGCUAUGUGUUUAUAUUCAUAUCGGAUUUCUUAAACAAGAAAAAGUACUUGUCCUUGUCUGUUUCGAGAAAGCUAUUUAAUAGUAUCGGCCAUUGGGUGCCAAUGGUGGCACUGAUUGCUUUGGGAUAUGUUACAGCGGAACAUAAAAAGUUGGCAAUUGCAUUGCUAACUAUAGCUGUUGGUGUGAAUUCAGCAACAUAUUUGGGCUUCCAGGUGAAUCAUAUCGAUUUGUCGCCUAAUUUUGCGGGAACUUUGAUGGGAAUUACGAAUUGUGCAGCCAAUGUUAUGAGUAUUGUUGCUCCAUUGACUGUUGGAAUCAUUGUCACAGAAGAGACUAAUCCCUUGCAAUGGCGAUUGGUGUUCUUUAUAACUGGUGGAUUUUAUCUCGUUGGAAAUGCAUUAUUUUUACUUUUUGGUAAAACUGAAGUGCAACCAUGGAAUUAUCCAAGUCCAAGGGAAAGACGUUCAAGUGAUCAGGAUGCUCUAUUGGAUCCAAAUGGUGCUCAAAUAAUAUAAACUAUUGUAGUAAGACGGAAUCUCUCUAAUUGUUUGUCUAUAUAGAGCAUAAUUGUCAAUUAUUUGUAUUAAUUUCUAUUAUUAUAGUAUCGAGAUACUUAUUAAAUAAAAUUUAGUAUGUAAUCAUUAUUAUAACUAAACCGUCUAUAAAAUAAUACUAACCAAACAUUAGUAAUUGGUUUUGUACAGUGUUUAUAGGAAAUAAAUGAAUUCACAAAUGUUUGUAUACACUUAAA